ACUCACUUGCCCAUUCAGUGGCUUCUGAACUUGGGGCUGGCCGUCUCCUCUGGACCUUGUUUGUGUGGUGUUGGGGAGGCCGUUGGAAGAGAAGCCAAGAGGAAGGGACUGAGGGCAAGUGGGGGGUGCAAUGCUGAGGGCUAGGUCUCUCCCGCUCUGAGUGUCUUGGGUGCGGAGGCCUGAAAGGGCUACAUGCUGGGCCUCACUGAGCUGUAUCCGUCUCUUUCGGAGCCAGCGGUGAGCCUGGAGCAGUGUGAGCAGCUGGUGGCAGAGCUCCGCGGCAGCGUGCGCCAGGCAGUGCGGCUCUACCACUCGGUGGCUGGCUGCAAGAUGCCCUCAGCAGAGCAAAGUCGGAUUGCCCAGCUCCUCAGAGACACCUUCUCUUCGGUGCGACAGGAGCUGGAAGCUGUGGCUGGGGCAGUGCUGUCCAGCCCAGGCAGCAGCCCUGGGGCUGUGGGAGCCGAGCAGACACAGGCCCUGCUGGAGCAAUACUCGGAACUGUUGCUUCGAGCCGUGGAACGGCGUAUGGAAUGCAAACUCUGAGUUCUGGAAGCCUGUCCCAAGUGAAUGAAUGCCCCAGUGAUUCCAAACUGCAGCCCCUCUGCCCCUCACCAAAACCUGCGGGGCUGCUUGGAGUGGAAAGCAGGGAGCAGUGUUCAGAGGCAAAGCAGCCUUCCCAGCCGCUCCUCGUGGGGGGCCUGUAUUUAUUAAUUUAUUUCCCUGACUGUUGCCUCACUUCCUUGGAACUCCUGCCUCCACAGCCCCUCCAGUGGCAGGGACAGGUCUUGGGUCUUUGUCAUCUUGGUGCUGUGAGAGGUAGGAGGGCAGCCUGCCCCAUCUAGGAAUCUGGGAAGGGCUGGCCCUCUCUUAGAAGCCAUUUGAAAUUACUGCAGGGAUUAGCUCCCUGUGGUGGAGCAUACACAGGGUACUCUGGGGUCGAGGUGAGAGGUGAUGUGGUAUUCAGUGCCCGUCAGCCAACUGCGGGCCUUCACCUCUACCUGCACUUCCCCUCUCACACCAGCUGCACUCCCCUGGCUGCCAGAGCAGGGUGGUUUUCCCCAAUACCUGGCAGCUCAGAAAGGCAGAGCCAUCUGGCCCUCCAGGGUGUCCCCAGCCAUCAGGAGACUUGAGUUGGUAUUUGGACCUGAGCCCGCACAUUCCACUCCCAUUCUCCCUCCAAGAGGGGCCCAGCAUUGUAUUUCCCUGUGACCCCUUACUCUCCUGGCCAGAACUUGAGCCAGCUGUGGGACGUUGCUGCAGGACAGUAAGCCCUCACCUGGGCAAACAUGAAGCUCUGGCCUCCUUUCCUCAGCCCCUUGUUCUUCCCUGUCCUCCACCCUGGACCCCAGCCGGCUGCUGGAGCCCAGAGGCCACCUUCUCCCUGCAUCCUGAAUGAUGCUUAGUCAGAAGCCUGUGUUGGAACAUCCCUCGUUUACAGGGCGCUGGCCUACCUCCUGAGGACCUCGGCCACAGAUGAGAUCACACGCAUGCACGUGCACACAUGUACACACACACACCUACCUGCACAGCACGCCGUUGAGUGUUGGUUGCCAGAGUAUCCGGCUGGCUGCUGUGUGCCUGGUUUCCUCACAUCCUGCCUCAGCUUCACCACCCUGGCUUAUGUGGAACACCUAUCAGGGAGCAGAAAAGGGAUGCAGUACACUAAGUGAACCCAGAUUCUGGAUUCUUGGUGUCCACAGCCUAGCUGAUAUGAGAUGGCCCAUAGGACACCUGGUUUAGGUAGAAGGAGCCUCCUCAAAGGCAGUGCUGGGCACCCAUGGGUGUGCUGGAUACUGGAGUUUGAGAGGAGGGAGGUGCUGGGGCCAAAGGAGACACUAGAAAAGUGGUAGAUGGGACAGGUAAGUGGCAGAGGUGAGGGGAUAAGUUAGAAUGUAAAAGGGCAGUAAUUAGGGGUGAGGGAAAGGAGAUAGGGGACCCUAGGAGGUAGAGUGGGACCAUGUCGUGAGGCAGUUGAAGAGUUGAGGAAAGGUUUUUCUGGGCCCUACUGCUCCCCUCUGCUGCAGGUAAGUCAGAGCAGCUUUACCACAGCUUCAGGCCACGAGAGCCCCUUCACCCGCCCUGCUGCACCAUAGGCAGAGGCUUAUAAAGAAAUGUGUUCCGGGCCAGGUGUGGUGGCUCAAGCCUGUAAUCCCAGCACUUUGGGAGGCCGAGGCGGGUGGAUCACGAGGUCAGGUGAUCGAGAUCAUCCUGGCCAACAUGGUGAAACCCUGUCUCUACUAAAAAUAAAAAAGCUGGGCGUGGUGGUGGGCGCCUGUAAUCCCAGCUACUCGGGAGGUUUAGGCAGGAGAAUCGCUUGAACCCUGGAGGUGGAGGUGGAGGUUGCAGUGAGCCGAGAUCGCGCCAUUGCACUCCAACCUAGGUGACAAAGCUACACGCCAUCUCAAAAAAAAAAAAAAAGAAAAAGGGUUACAAAAGGUUCCCAGCUCCGGGGCAUCAGCCUGAGUGCGCUUGAGCUGCUCCAAACCUGGCCCUUCCCCACUCCUCUAGCAUCGCCACCUGCAUGGCCCUGGAACUCCCGCGGCGGCGGGGGCGGGCCCGUGCCUUCUGUGCCCCGACUUCCCACAGCAGCCGCGCCCACCGCAGGUGGGACUCAGGUUCGCCCUCUGGGCCAGGUCCUUCACGAGGAGGGAGCUACCCUUCGCCAGAAGUUUGUGAGAAUGUGGCCGCCCUUUUCCUGCCCUCUGCCCCAUGUGGGUGGGGGGCCUCGUGGCCCGGCCGGCGCCCCGUCCCCUUCUGCAUGUCUGAGGCCACCGGCAACCGCCGCCCCACUCCAGAUUUGCCCCCGCCCUGUUUUGAAAGCCCCUUAUUUAUAACUUUUAUACUUUGUGCAGGUCGCGGCGCUUCCCGCCUCAUCCUCGGCUGCAUGGGGCGGGGGGGCUGUUUUUAACGUGCCCGUUUGUACUGAUGUAUGAACUUGUCAAUAAACACAAUUGUUUGUUAA